GCUAGGCGCCCCAACCACCUGCUAUGUCACCAGAAUAAAUUUCCAUUUCCGUUCUUACAAUUUCAGUGCGUUCCAAAGAUUAUCAUAAAAAAAAGUGUCGUAACCUUUGUGGGAUCAAAAAUUUCAAAAUUAGCUGCAACGUAACUAUUGAAGUCAAUUUUGGAUAGCGACAGCACUUGGUAUGGCACUCAGGUUCAGGUCUACGAUGAAUUGAAAAAUGUUGGUGGAAAUUAGACUUAUGAUCGAGUGACGGUAUUUUCAUCAGUGAACAAUGGCGCUACUGGGCAGUAUUCGUCCGCUGUUCUAUAAUAGAGUAAUGAUUGCCGGUUGCAGUUUGCAUUUGUGAGUAUUGUGAAGUGGUGUCACGAUGUGUCAUCGGUUUAUUAGGUAUAAAAUCAAUGGGCGAUAAAUCGCUCUUCAAGACUUGAAAAAAUCGCGAAAGAAUUAAAAAUAGCUGGAAAGAUGCGAAAUAGCAACUACAGAAGGAAGCAGAAGUCAUGCUGUAAAUGCGCAAGAUAACAUAUAGGGAUGAGAUAUAGCAUCAGAUAAAAAAAAUAAUCCGAUGAUAAUAGCGUUAUUGGAGACCAAAUUGACCGAUGAAUUUGAAGACAGUAGCGCUUCGCUUUUUGAAAACAAUAAAUUAUGUCUCAAAGAAAAUAUACUAAUGUAACAGGAAAACUGAAAGGGAAGUCUUCAAAAGAAUUCAUGUCCUCUUUCAGUCUUCCCGGUAUGUCGCAGUUAUCUACCAGUAGUGAGGAAACAUUUGAAGCUUUGGUACACAAAUCCUAUAAAUCUAAUAAAUCAGAAAAUAUAACAAAUGGAAGGAAUAUAUUAAAUGAUGAAUGGUUAUUGAAUGGACCAAAUGGAAACAAGACACCUGUCUUACGAUUUAAAUGUUCUGCUUUAGCCACACCACCAGAAGAUCCACCUGCAAAACAAUUGCAUAUGACUUACAAGAUUUUUCAAACUGAUACCAAACUCAUUAAUCUUCUGCUGCAAUCACAUGGCUUAGUAGAGGUACCUAUGAAUGAGACAGAUUUUAAUGUUUUAUGGACGGGCACUCAUCCAAAGCCGGAUAUUCUACGGAAUUUGAUGCCUUAUCAAAAAAUAAAUCAUUUUCCUAGAUCUUAUGAAAUUACCCGUAAGGACCGCCUAUACAAAAAUAUCGAAGCUAUGCAGAGAAAUAAGGGCUUUCGAAAUCUCGAUUUUAUACCUCAGACGUUCUUGCUGCCUACUGAAGCCCGAGAAUUAAUUUCUGCGCAUUUUAGAUAUAGAGGGCCAUGGAUCGUAAAGCCUAAAGCCAGUUCACGAGGUCGUGGUAUUUAUAUUGUAAAUAACCCUGAGAAAAUCUUGACAGACGAAUCAGUUAUCGUAGCACAAUACAUAAAUAACCCGCUUUUAAUUGACGGACAUAAGUGUGAUUUACGUUUGUAUGUGGCCAUAACGAAUUACGAUCCACUGCUAAUUUAUUUGUACGAGGAAGGUUUAGUGAGAUUUGCAACUGUUAAAUAUGAUGGCGGAAGCCAAUAUAUUUGGAAUCCUUGCAUGCAUCUUUGCAACUACAGUAUAAACAAAUUCCAUGUGGAUUAUAUAAAGAGCGAAGAUCCUGAUGCCGAGGAUGUAGGACACAAGUGGACAUUAUCGGCAUUGCUUAGACACUUGCGCUCGAUGGGUCAAGAUACAGAAUUACUUAUGCAGCGAAUAGAAGAUAUUAUUAUAAAAUCAAUUCUUGCCACUGCAUCUGGAAUCGUCAAUGGUUUAAAGCAAUUCGUCAAACAUCCUGAAACGUGUUUUGAAUUAUUUGGCUUCGAUAUACUGAUCGAUGAUACGCUGAAGCCAUGGUUACUGGAAGUAAAUUUAAGUCCUUCAUUAGGAUGCGAUUCACCAUUGGAUGUUAGACUUAAGUCAGCUUUAAUAGCAGACUUACUUACUCUCGUCGGCAUAGCUGCUGUUGAUCCAAUCUUGCGUUCUCAAAAUUUAAAUCGUGCUGUCAUAAAUUCCAAUAAGAAAACUAAUUAUAGAAGGGUGCAGUCUGCAGAAAUAUUGCCUCAAGGAAGGAAAAAUAUUAAUAGAAAUAAUAAGAGCAAAGCAGGUUUAAGUUUAGAACAACAACGAAUAGUAGCAUCUGCAAAGGCACAAUUUGAAAGAAGAGGUGGAUUUGUUAGGAUAUUUCCAAGUCUAAAGUCUUGGGAACUCUACUCGCAAUACUUAGUCUAUGUCUUAGAUCCAAUUACGGGUGCACCAAUGAUAUCAGAUCCACUCGGUCCAAGAAGAUUACCGCAACAUAUUAAUACAAAUCACAAUUUGAUGUUGCAUGAACAAUUGUUUCCCGCAGCCAAUCAUAUUACUGACUAUAUCAUUCCAGAAAUAAUGUUAGACAGGUUAUCUAGAUAUGAAAGAUACGAAAGAGCAUUGAUGAAGGGUCACAAACAAAGUUUAGAUAGAGGCAACAAUAAAGAAAAUUUAGAUGUAGAUAUGCACAAAUACAAAAACCAAGUAAUGCAAUUGAUGCAAGAAGGCAAUAAACUUAGUUUCGGUGAAGCUAGAAAAGCUUUCGGUUUAUAUCUGGGUUAUAUAUUACGGAAAAUAUCACAGCCUAAUGCAGAUCCGGGAUCUUGCGACCUUGUUAUGAAGUUUCUUCAACAUUCUUCUUGUAGUUUGAGAGCACCAUUUUUAUUUACGUUACCAUGUAAUAAAUUAAGCGACAAGGAUCGAGCUGCCAUUACUGCAAAGCAACUUUCCGAUUUUUUGCAUUUGUAUAACAGAGAAACGGAACUUUACGAAGAUACUAUAGAUCGGCCUCGUACUGUUCCUAAUAAACUCUUCCAAAAGUUCUUAAUUGCAGCAAGUGAACAAGAUCUCGACGAUGUGCUGAUUCUGCAAACUCGUCUUUAUAAGUGUGCUCACAGUUUCUUAGGAAGAAGCACUUUCGCUGGUAAUCUGCGUGGCACCAAUCUCCUUGGAUCUUUACCACAUAUUACAUCGCGAGUACAUUCCAAUGCUGUUGCAACGGAACAAUGCAGAUGUAAUAAUUCAAUUAAUAGCUAAUCUAAUUAUUGCAUUUAAAAAAUUUAUAUUUCACAAAGAAGCACGAGAGGGAAGAGACGAGAGAGAAAAAGUAUAUAAAUAACUUAUAUAAACUCGGAAAUGUAAUCAUCUCGAGUUUAUUAUAAUUAUACCUUUCUUUUGUUAUGUUUUAUUAUUAUUAUUAUUAUUAUUAUUAUUAUUAUUAUUAUUAUUAUUAAAUCAACUAGUAUAUGAGACUAUGUGAGACUAUAUUUAAUAUUAAAUAUUUUUCAUAAUGGAUUUUUUAUCUAGUAUCUUAAUACAUCGAAAACUUAAAAAGGAAUAUUUUAAAUACAUUCUAAGAUAUUUUAAUUUUAAUAUUUAUAAAUACAAUAUGAUAUUAGUGUUAUUAUAGCAAUAUCAUACACAUGUGUUACAAUAGUCUCCAAAAUAGCGAAGUGAUUUAGAAAUCGUUAUGAUUAUAUCAUUACUAUUUCAAACAAAACCAAUUAAAUUCAUAUAACAAAGCAAUAUGUGGACUAGAGAUUUAACUCCAUGGCAUAACGAACGAAAAGGACUAUUUUAUUCUAAUGAAUCAUUCUCCAAUAUAUUAUGCGUUUGAGAAGAAAUGCAAUUGUUUAUGCUAAGGUUCAAUCAUUAUCACUUAAAUUUUUACUCGUGACUAAGAAUCCAUGAGACUAAUUCUAAGAAUAAAUUGCUAAUAUCUAGAACAUGUAAUGAUGAGAUCUCCUGAAACAAGCAAUGAAAUAUCUAAUUCAUUUAUUGUUAAAGUAUUAUUAUACGAAAGAUAAAAAAAUCAUAUGAAUUUCUUUUGCAUUUUAUAUUGAUAUAUGUUUACUUUUUGUCACCAUACGUGUUCAAGAUAUAAAUCGAUCAAAUGUACUUGAACUCAUUCUUCUUUAUCAGCAUUCAUUAUUAUGUAAUCAGCAUCUAUGCAUAUUCUAUAUUUCCAACAAAAA